AUGGAGCAGGGCCUGGUCACCAUCUUCAGGCCCUCCCUGCACAUCCAAGCACACACAGCCUCAGGGCGGAUUUCUGAGGGCCCCUGCAUGCCCCAGGGCUCGGAAUUGGAGGGGCCUCUGCUGGAUAUGGGCCUCUCCUGUGAGCUGAAAGGAAAUAAAGCCCGGAUCCUGACAGUCAGCCGUUGUCUGUGCUUGGACCAGGUUGGGCAGCCAGCUUUGGGUCACCUGGUGCCUGGGUUGCGAGCUCGAUCCCCCUCUAGAGAUGGGAGGUGGCUCCUCCAGGGUCAGGGGGCCUCAGAGCACUGUUCUCCCAGUUCCUUGCUGGGGCACUCUGGAUCUUGA